AUGCAAUCUUGUCUCAUUCUUGCUUUGGCUACGUCCACUCUCGCUUUGUCAUCUUUUCCCAAUCAACAAUUCAGUUCUAAUCAGGUAACAUCGACCACCAAUCCAUCAACAAUAUCCAACAAACAGUUUGGACAACAACAACCGUUUGGAAAUGGAUUCAAUCCAUUGGGAAAUAACCAGGGAUUGGGACAACAGGGACAGGGAUUGAUGGGGAAUCAGCAAUUUCCAUUGAACAAUCAACAAUUUCCAAACAAUAUCUUCCCUCAACAACAGGGACAACAAGGAGCAUUCGGAAAUCAGUUCAAUCCACUCACCCAGCAGCAAUCUGGUUGUGCUAAUGGACAGACACAGACAUCACAGUUCUGUUCUGCUCAGUUACCAUGCUCUACAGGACAAAUCUGCUGUGUUCGAUCCCAAAACACUCUCUUCCCCCAACAGCAACAGCAACCACAGUUCCCCAUCAACACUUUCAAUCAACAAAUCCCAACUUCUCAACAGUCCCAACAACAACCCCUCACUAACUCUAUCUUGCCCACCACACAACAGUCACGCGGAUUUGGUGUUUGUCAAGCAGCCAUCACUUGCCCUAUUGGAUACACUCGAGUG